CAUGUCUUUGCAGAGGAUUGUGCGCGUGUCCUUGGAACACCCCACCAGUGCCGUGUGCGUGGCUGGAGUUGAGACCCUGGUGGACAUUUAUGGCUCCGUUCCUGAGGGCACAGAGAUGUUCGAGGUCUACGGAACCCCUGGCGUGGACGUCUACAUCUGCCCCAACGUGGAGAGGGACCGGGAGCGUGCGGAUACCCGGCGUUGGCACUUUGACGUGGGCUCACAGAUCAUCGUGGUCAUGAACUCUCCCAGCAACGAGCUCAACGACAGUCAUAUUCAGAUUUCCUACCAUUCCAGCCAAGACUCCUCGCCCCUGGCCUACGCGGUGCUCUACCUCACCUGUGUGGAUAUCACCCUGGAUUGUGACCUGAACUGUGAAGACAGGGACAGGGACAGGGACUUUGUGGACAAGCGGCAGUGGGUCUGGGGACCCGAUGGGUACGGAGCCAUCCUGCUGGUGAACUGUGACAGGGACAGUGUGCGCUCUGACGACCAGGACAACUGUGACCGCCACGUGCGCUGCCUGCAAGACCUGGAAGACAUGUCUGUGAUGAUUCUGCGGACCCAAGGCCCUGACGCUCUGUUUGACGACCACAAACUCAUCCUCCAUACCUCCAGCGCUGACGCCGAGCGGGCGCGGGUGUUCCACGCCUGCGGCCCCGCGGACUCCUGCGAGGCGUACCGGCACGUGCUCGGCCAGAACAAGGUGUCAUACGAGGUGCCGCGCUUCCACGGGGACGAGGAGCGCUUCUUCGUGGAGGGCCUGUCCUUCCCCGAUGCCGGCUUCUCGGGGCUCGUCGCCUUCCACGUCACCCUGCUGGACGACUCCAACGAGGGUUUCUCCGAGUCCCCCAUCUUCUCCGACACCGUGGUGUUCCGCGUGGCCCCCUGGAUCAUGACGCCCAGCACGCAGCCACCCCUGGAGGUGUACGUGUGCCGUGUGCGCAACAACACGUGUUUCGUGGACGCGGUGGCUGAGCUGGCCAGGAGGGCCGGCUGCAAGCUGACCAUCUGCCCGCAGGCCGAGAACCGCAACGACCGCUGGAUCCAGGACGAGAUGGAGCUGGGCUACAUCCAGGCGCCGCACAAAACCUUCCCGGUGGUCUUUGACUCCCCCAGGAACGGCGAGCUGCAGAACUUCCCUUACAAAAGAAUCCUGGGUCCAGAUUUCGGCUACGUGACCCGGGAACCACGAGACAACUCUGUGAGCGGCCUGGACUCCUUCGGGAACCUGGAGGUCAGCCCCCCUGUGGUGGCCAACGGGAAGGAGUACCCCCUGGGGCGGAUCCUCUUCGGAGGCAACUUGCCUGGGUCGAGGGGCCGCCGGGUCACCCAGGUGGUCCGGGACUUCCUGCACGCCCAGAAGGUGCAGCCGCCCGUGGAGCUGUUCGUGGACUGGCUGGCGGUCGGCCACGUGGAUGAGUUUCUGAGCUUCGUCCCUGCCGCUGACGGGAAAGGCUUCCGGAUGCUCCUGGCCAGCCCCAGCGCCUGCUUCAAGCUCUUCCAGGAAAAGCAGAAGUGGGGCCACGGGGGCGCCCUCCUGUUCCAAGGGGUUGUCGGCAACCAGCAGGUCGACACUGUCUCCAUCAGCCAGGUUCUCUCCAACGAAAACCUCAUCAGCUACAAUAAGUUUGUGCAGAGCUGCAUCGACUGGAACCGGGAAGUGCUGAAGCGGGAGCUGGGCCUGGCCGAGCGCGACGUCGUGGACAUCCCGCAGCUGUUCAAGAUGGAGAGGAGGAAGGCCGUGGCCUUCUUCCCAGACUUGGUGAACAUGCUGGUGCUGGGCAAGCACCUGGGCAUCCCCAAGCCCUUCGGGCCCGUCAUCAACGGGCGCUGCUGCCUGGAGGAGAAGGUGCGGUCCCUGCUGGAGCCGCUGGGCCUGCACUGCACCUUCAUCGACGACUUCACCCCAUACCACAUGCUGCACGGGGAGGUGCACUGCGGCACCAACGUGCGCCGGCAGCCCUUCUCCUUCAAGUGGUGGCACAUGGAGCCCUGAGCCGCCCGCCACCACCCUUUACCCCCCGGGGUGGGCUGUCCGCCUGGGUGAUGGAGGCCGAAACAGGCCCCUGAACAAUAAGUGUCAAGAGACCCCAAGGUUACGGAUGGAGCUCCCGCUCGGAAGCCUUUGCCUCCAAGUGUUCAAACGCCUUGCCUGCUGCCCAUGAGGUUCUCAGACUUGACCCCCUUGGCUCCCCAAGAAGGACCUCGUUUCUUGUGGUCUGUUUUGCAGAUCAGCAUGACCUAUGGGGACUCCUCCAAACAACCCCCUCUCCACCCCCAAAUCCUCUGUGUGGAGCCUAAUACCCUCUGGAGUCUAAGAAACAUCCACACCUUUCCUCUGCCUGCUGGGCCUGUGUGUCCUAAGGCAGGAAGGACCCACUAUCCUGCUUUGGUCUGAUUGCUUCUCACUCUGCAGGGGAGCUCAUUUCCUAAAGUCACAGGACAGGAGAGAUUUAGCCCAGAGCUUCACCCACAGUGAAGGAGCAGAGGUCUGUUUAGAUUGAGGUGGGACCAGCAUUCCAACUCCCAAGCCUCUGACCAGCUGUUGAAAUCUCCCUUGCCCAGCGCCCAGCAUAGUACGUGCUUCUAGAUGUGUGUUGAAGCGACAUUAGCCACACCUUACUUAGCCUGAGAAACAUCUCAUCAUCUGACCUUUAGAAAUUGGGUUUGGUUCUAAAUCCUGGAAUUUCUUGGAGAUGACAAUAUCUGGGGAAUUCCUGGAGAUUGGGAAGAUUGGGUGCAAGGGUGGAAAAUGUCCUUCAUAAGACAUAAGAUGCCUUAGUGGCCCUGGGCCUCUCUGCAGGAGGGGAGACCCCUGGUAGCAUCAGUCCUGGGCUUUCUGUUGACCCCAGGUCAACGAUCCACAUCUUGCUUUGCCUCAGGAGAGGAGGCCUGGUGGAGCCAAACCCCCGAGACCACUCAGGACAGGAGGGCUCUGGGGAUGGACCAAUCUGAGCUCAGGUGGGCAGGGAAGGAGGUGGCAUGGCUUUCUCCAGGUGUCUGUCAGUUCCAUGGGUGCUCUGUGUGGGUCCAGCUGUGCUUCUAUCACUGGCUAAUAAAUCAAGAGA